UAUUUCCAUUUUAUUUUUUGUGUUUUGAGGUUUUAAAAUGCCAGAGUCAGCCAAGUCCGUUCCUGCCCCGAAGAAGGGCUCCAAGAAGGCGGUGACCAAGGCACAGAAGAAGGACGGCAAGAAGCGCAAGCGCAGCCGCAAGGAGAGUUACUCCGUGUACGUGUACAAGGUACUGAAGCAGGUCCACCCGGACACCGGUAUCUCGUCCAAGGCCAUGGGCAUCAUGAAUUCGUUCGUCAACGAUAUCUUCGAGCGCAUCGCGGGCGAAGCGUCGCGCCUGGCGCAUUAUAACAAGCGCUCGACCAUCACUUCCAGAGAGAUCCAGACGGCCGUACGCCUGCUGCUACCUGGGGAGCUGGCCAAGCACGCCGUGUCUGAGGGCACCAAGGCUGUCACCAAGUACACUAGCUCCAAGUAAACUUGCCAAGUAAGCGUAAGCGUCUUUACACCUAACCCCAAAGGCUCUUUUAAGAGCCACCCACAUGUCCACAAAUGGAGUUGUAAUCUGCUGCUUAUUUUCUGUAAAUUGAAGUUUGGGCCAAAGUACUGUGCAUUAAUUAGAAGACAAAGGUAGAUAAAUUUGUAAGUCUUAUUAAUGGGUCUAAGAAAUGACAAGUGAAGGUGUUACACUGUCAGGUUAUUGGGUUUUGGCAUUGUUGUGUCAAAUGUUAUCCAUUACCUGUUGCAAUUAGGGACUCACCCCAAGUAUAAAGUCAGCUAUUUUUUGAGUCCCAGUGAUCAAUGUACUGUAAUUGACCUACAGCUAUCUGAACAUGAAAGUUAACUGCGUAGGGGCCUGGUGGUUUGUAAUACGCAGUCGGGGUUGACGAACUGUUUUAAGAGAUACUUGCAACUUGGCAAGUUUCCAUGGAGGUUGAACAGAGGGCUGGCACUGAAAGGCGGGGAAACUAGGCGGUAAGAGAAAGGACGCUAUUGAACUUGGCAUACAAAGUCUCUAGGAGAGAACCUUCCCAAACCAGGUAGUCGAGCGGCGGGGAGCGGGGUUGGGGGGGAGCUGGCAAGUUCCACCUUCCCUUAAGCAGUUUAAUCUUUGUUCCAGGGGAAGAUUUUAAGGUGAAAGAAACGCAUUUUCCAUUUAAUUUAUUCAAGUCUAUAACACAUUUUCAGCACCUAGGAGCAAACUUUGCUUUCUCUGUAAAAAAGUGGGAGACUACAGGAAUAAAAUUUAUGUUACAAGGAAAACAGGGUUUUUUGUUGUUUAACGAUUUGAGGUAAGAUACAAUGUGAUUUAGAUUAAUUAACAUUAAGACUCCGUGAUUCUAAAUGUGUAGUU